AACUGUCAAAUUUUAUAAGUAAUAGGAAAUUGAUGGUAGUGUUUACAUUUUGUAAUGCAUGUAGUUUAUACGUUAGUGACCAACGUCGUUAGUGUUAAGUUUAUAUUUUGAUUUAAAUUAUCUAGCUAUGAAAUAAUUUAUGAUUUCUUGAGCUCACAUAAGUAAUCCCGCAAUUUUUUCUAAUAUGUCACCAGAAGUUAUAUUUUCUAUUUCAUACAUUCUUCUAUGUGCCUGUAUAAUUUACCCCCCCAGUGAAUUUAUAAGUGCUGGCUUUACCGUGGAAGCAAUUUUUAGCAAGUAUUUGGGAUCUGAACAAGAAUCAUUUACCACUUAUCACAUAAAAAAAUCUUGUUUAAAUUUAUUUGUAUAUUCUUUACUACCCCUAGCAUACGUUGUUUCUUUAUGUGUUGUGGGAUAUAUUGAAGAGAUUACUAUUCUAUUCACGGGUUUCAGCCUGUAUUGGAAAUUGUUUGCAACUACUAGUCUUGCGAUUCCAUUCUUCAGCUUAUAUCAGAUUAAAAAAUGGUGUGAAAAUAACUACGAACAACAUCCGAUAGCCAUCAAUUUAAAAAAGUUUUGCAAUAAUAAUACAAGUUGGAAGAGUGUUGCAAAUGAUGUGGAUAUUGAAUUUAGAAGGUUUGAUAAAGUAUGCAUUCACACAAGUGCUGUAGUAACAGUUAUUGCUACUGAAAACUGGAUCUUGAAGGUCAUGCCACUUACUGUAUUUGUGAUCUACCAGAGUGAUGCAUCGUUGGUCGUAAAAGAAGCAAAAACAUAUGAAAUUUCAAAUCAUAGUUCAGAUGGGAUACAGUAUCUCAAUAUAGAAAUUAAGUCUUCUAGGCAAAAUGUGAAUCCAUUUAUAAUCAGGAUUAAUGCCAGAGAUUUUAAAGAUCUAAGAGAUAGAGUUGCAAGGUCUAUAGAAAUUUUACCUAAUGUAAAGUUUCACAAGUCUGUAAUAGAACAGUUUGUAGAUGUUUUUAAAGAAACAAUUAAGAGUAACCCAAUUUAUGACAUUGGCCAUCAGGAUUUAGAUAUGUGUUUAGGUUGUUCACAAGUAAGACCUAAUGUUAAAAUUCAAAAAUUGUGUGAAGACACCGGAGUAAAUAAUUGUACCAGCUGUUACUGUAGACCAAUGUGGUGUAGCGACUGUAUGGCAAAAUGGUUUGCCUCGAGACAAGAUGCAGACCAACAGAAUAAAUGGUUAUCGAGCAAAUGUACUUGUCCUAUGUGCAGGGCUAUCUUUUGUAUGUUAGAUGUUUGUAGGUUGGGGAAUAUAGAUGAUGAAUGACAUGUAUUACUUGUAAAUAAAAAAAAUUCUCGGUGGUUAAAAGCUGUUUGUAAUAUAUUAUAUAUUUUUGUAAA